UGGAGGAGAAGGAAAAGUUGAGGCCUGUAAACAAUUAUGAAGAUUCUUAGAAAGUUGAAAAGAAAAUGGUAGUCAGAUAUAUUUCCGUAAAGUUACAGAUUCCAUUAUAAAGAACACGGUCGGGGUAUCCGAAAAUUUCUUGAUCGAUUCCGAUGUCCAAAAAAGAAUUUUUUUCAAAAUCACCUCUUGGUAAAGUAGCCAGCUAUGCUUUAGAUUAGUAAUAUAUUUGUCCGAAAAUGUAGACGAGUGUUAGUCGGAAAUAAAAUCCAUCAAGAUUCUUGACCAUCUUGGUCAUGGGCCCAGUUACUCCACCCGAAAAAUCACCAAAAUUAGAACAGACACCCCAUGACGCAAGAUGGGCCUUGCGGUGUUCAAGCAGCCAGCAUCCCUCAGGGAGAUGUCCUACAUCCGCCGGUGGCUCGUCUUCUUCAGCGGGUUUCUGGAGACGGCGUUGUGGUCCGGCACGAUCUUCGGGUGGGCGUCCCUGGUGCACGUCCUGAAGAUCCAGGGCGUCUUCAGCCACCUCUGCAGGGACGAUUCCCCGGAGGCCUCCAACGGGACGUUCGCCAUCUCGCUGUCCGGGGACGGAGAUGAGUUUGCUGUUCCUUCUCCGGUUACUCGAGGGUGCAGAGCGCAAGACGAGAAGUUCACUCUCAUAGGAACCGUAGCCAUGGUUCUUUACUCGACGCCAGGGAUCCUCGUCGGCUACGGGCUGCACCACCUAGGCCAAGCCUUCACCAGGAUUACGUCCAGCGUCCUGAUUUCGCUGGGAUUCGCCCUUCUUUCCCUCACCAGUGAAGCGACUCCAGAUUAUCUGUGGGGUGCCUCGAUCUUCGUGUCCGUCGGCGGGAACAUGAUUAGAAUGUCGUGUUUGGAAUUCGGGAAUCUGUUCCCGGAGCGAAGGAACACCGUCAUGGGAAUUGUCAGCGGAAUCUACACGCUUUCCGCUGCGGUCUUCAUGCUCAUGCAGUCCGCGUUCGAGGCCGGCUACAGGUGGGAGAUGAUCUGUCAGCUGAUGGCGGUCGGGUCGAGUCUCAUCGUCGUAACAACGCUUUUCAUCCCCUGGCAUCACAUCCCUCACGACGACGAUGCAGAAGCUGGUUACGACCAGCAGCUGGAAUGCCUCACGACAGACAUCGAUAAAGACGGCAAUAAAAGGAAAGAUGGACGAAUGAACAUGGUAGUCUGCGAGAAAAAAAUCGCGGUGGUCAGCGCGGGAAAAUCCUCGGAUUCGAGCCAAAUUCCCCUGAGCCAGAGCUUGUUCUCUGUGUCCAUGGGACUCCUCCAGUUCUGGAUCUUCAACAACAUGUUUGCCAUCACCAUUUUUGGGACCUACUUCAACUCUUGGAUCAGCAGAUUCUCCCAAAACAUCGAGGAAGCUGCGUACUAUUCCAGGUUGUUUGGGUACGCCAAUAUACUAUGCGCCCUGGCCACGCCUCUUCCAGGUUCCAUUAUCGACGCCCUUUCGGCCUACUUCAGAAAGAAUAAGAAGGGCCUGGACGAAAAGGUGGCGAACGUGCAGGCGACGAUCGCGCCCAUGAUGUUCAUCUCCCUCACCAUAACAGUCCAGAUCUCGUGCUUCUUCUUCUUCACGUCCUGGGCCGUUUAUGUGGCCCUCUUCUUCCUCAUCUUCAAUCGCCCCGGCUGUCUGGGAGUUGGGAUUCCCUUCAUGAGAGCCAGAUUCCCUGCCGAUCACUUCAAUCGCCUGAUAGGGAUACAGGGGACCCUCAUAGCCAUAUUGGCAACUCUACAAUACCCUCACUUCACGUGGUCACAAACGCAAUACUUCUGGGCAAUGUGGCUGGUCGUCAUCAUGCUAUUUUUGUCAGUGGUUCAUCCGCUGCAUCUGCUCAACAAAAGGUACCUUUAUCGGACCUUGGACUGGUCAUCCCACAAGAAAGAGGACGAAGCGCCCUGAAGGAGAGAAUACCCUCGACAGGGAAUAAGAUUACGGUUGGAUUACAUUUAUUGUGACUUCGGAGUAGUGGUUUGACUACAUUUGUUUUGACUUCGGAGUAGUGGUUGAAUUACAUUCAUUUUGACUUCGGAGUAGUGGUUGAAUUACACAUGUUUUGACUUCGGAGUAGUGGUUCAAUUACAUUAAUUAUGACUUUGCAGUGGUUGAAUUAAAUUAAUUUUGACGUCGGAGUAGUGGUUGAAUUACAUUUGUUUUUAUUUCGGAGUAGUGGUUGAAUUACAUUCAUUGUGACGUCAGAGUAGUGGUUGAAUUACAUUCAUUUUGACGUAGGACUAAUGGUUGAAUUACAUUAAUUAUGACUUCGGAGUAGUGGUUGAAUGACAUUUAUUGUGACGUCAGAGUAGUAGUUGAAUUACAUUCAUUUUUUCGUGGGACUAAUGGUUGAAUUACGUUCAUUUUGACUUCGGAGGAGUGGUUGAAUUACAUUUAUUGUGACGUCGGAGCAGUGUUACAUUCCAGAAUGUUAACUUCGUGUAAAUGUAGGGGUGUGUGUUUGCAACAUAAGGAUGGAAUACGAGUGAGACUGCAACACAAUAAUGAAAUUCGGUUUAAUUCUGCAACACAAUUAUGGAAUUGGUGGAAUCUCUAAAUCCUGAACACAAAAUUCAGACAAGAAUUCUUAGCCAUCAAUUCAAAUGACGAAGAAUUUUUAGCUGUCAAUUAAAAAAUGACGAAGAAUUUUUAGCUGUCAAUUCAAAGAAUAUCAGAAAACCUGAAAAAAUCACCACUUGCAGUGCAAAAAAAAUGUGUCUCUUGAUAGUAAAGAGAACUCUGUAAUCUCCGUGUGAGUCUCUUCAUAGUUAAGAGAACUUGUAAUCUCCUUGUGGGUCUCUUUAUAGUAAAGAGAACUUGUAAUCUCCUUGUGGGUCUCUUCAUAGUAAAGAGAACUUGUAAUCUCCGUGUGGGUCUCUUCAUACUAAAGAGAAAUCUGUAAUCUCCAUGUGAGGGAUUAUUCUAUAUCAAUGCAGGUGGUCACGACACCAGAUGACACCAAUUACUUACAUUUAAAUCUAGGUUAUUUUGUUCAAUUAUAGUAUUUUGUACUGCUAUAUAAAUAAACAAAUUUAUAUUUUAGUAAA